CCCCACCAAAACAACAAACAGACAGCAGCAGUUCGGUGAAGAGAACAAGAAAUUUAUCUUGGGCAGCAUGACAUCUGCUCAGGACCUUCUAAUCCUGGCACUGUAUGGUUUGUUACUAGAGCGACCGGCGGGAUGUCACGCAGCAGAUACGAGGCAACCAAGGCUACGUCUGUCACAUAAAGAGCUCUGGGAUUUAAACAGGACGUCAGUUUUUCGUAGCCCGUUCGGAUAUCUUGGACUUCAUAUUAUGCUGCUGGAUGAGUAUCAAGAGCGACUGUUCGUGGGAGGAAGAGACCUCUUGUAUUCCCUCAGUUUGGAUCGAAUCAGCGACAACUACCGAGAGAUCCAUUGGCCUAGUACACCUCUGCAGGCAGAAGAAUGCAUAAUUAAAGGAAGAGAUGCUGAUGAAUGUGCAAAUUACAUCCGUGUCCUUCACCGAUACAACAGGACCCAUCUUUUGGCUUGUGGAACAGGAGCUUUUGAUCCACUCUGUACUUUUAUAAGAGCUGGACAUCCAUCAGAGGAUCAUCUGUUUCAACUGGAAUCACACAAAUUUGAGAGAGGACGAGGCAGGUGCCCUUUUGACCCCAGUUCUUCCUUCACCUCCAUCUUAAUUGGUGGUGAACUCUUUACUGGUCUCUACAGCGACUACUGGGGGAGAGAUGCUGCUCUGUUUCGCUCCAUGAACCGCAUGGCCCAUCUUCGCACCGAGCCUGACAAUGAGCGCCUGCUGAAAGAACCAAAAUUCGUUGGCUCAUACAUGAUUCCAGAUAAUGAAGACCACGAUGAUAACAAAGUAUAUUUCUUCUUUACUGAAAAAGCUUUGGAAGCUGAGACAAGCACUCAUGCCAUAUAUACCAGAGUGGGACGUGUAUGUGCGAAUGACAUGGGAGGCCAGAGAAUGCUCGUCAAUAAAUGGACCACUUUCCUCAAAGCCAGACUAGUUUGUUCUGUGCCUGGGAGAAAUGGAAUUGAUACACAUUUUGAUGAAUUAGAGGAUGUGUUUUUGCUGCAAACUCGUGAUAACAAAAAUCCAGUGAUAUUUGGCCUCUUCAACACGACAAGCAAUAUAUUUAGAGGAUAUGCUGUAUGUGUUUACCACAUGGCAAGUGUCCGAGCAGCUUUUAAUGGACCAUAUGCUCAUAAAGAAGGACCUGAAUACCACUGGGCUCUCUAUGAAAGAAAAGUACCUUAUCCUAGACCUGGUUCAUGUGCCAGCAAGGUGAACGGUGGGAUAUACACUACCACUAAAGACUAUCCUGAUGAAGCUGUCCACUUUGCCAGGAGUCACCCACUGAUGUAUCAGCCCAUCAGGCCUGUUCAUAAGAAGCCAAUACUAGUUAAAACAGAUGGAAAGUACAAUCUUAAACAAAUAGCAGUGGACAGAGUGGAAGCUGAAGAUGGGCAAUAUGAUGUUCUGUUCAUUGGCACAGAUAAUGGAAUUGUGCUGAAAGUCAUAACAAUUUACAAUCAAGAGACAGAAUCAAUGGAAGAAGUGAUUCUUGAAGAGCUGCAAGUAUUCAAGAUGCCAGUUCCCAUUAUUUCUAUGGAAAUCUCUUCAAAAAGGCAACAGCUCUACGUGGGAUCCGAGUCAGUCAUAGCUCAAGUGAAGUUCCACCAGUGUGACAUGUACGGCACGGCCUGCGCCGACUGCUGCCUGGCUCGGGAUCCCUACUGCGCCUGGGACGGGAUCUCCUGCUCCCGCUACUACCCCACAGCAGUGCAGGCAAAGAGACGUUUCCGCAGACAAGAUGUUCGGCACGGAAAUGCAGCGCAGCAGUGCUUUGGCCAGCAGUUCAUUGGUGAAGUUCUGGAGAAGACUGAGGAGCGACUUGUUUAUGGAAUAGAGUACAACAGCACCCUUCUGGAGUGCACCCCUCGGACCUUACAAGCAAAAGUCAUCUGGUUUGUCCAGCGAGCACAUGAAACUAAGAAGGAAGAGGUGAAGACUGAUGAUAGAAUAAUAAAAAUGGACCUUGGCCUUUUAUUCCUGAAGCUGCAUCGACUGGAUGCAGGGACUUAUUUUUGUCAGACAGUAGAACACAGCAUUGUUCACACUGUCAGAAAAAUCACCCUGGAAAUCGUCGAGGAGGAACGUGUAGAUGAAAUGUUCAAUAAAGACUAUGAGGAGGAGAUCCCUCACAAAAUGCCAUGCCCAAUGCAGAGCAGUAUACCUCAGGCUUCAAAGCCAUGGUAUAAGGAAUUUCUUCAACUGAUAGGUUACAGCAACUUCCAGAGGGUGGAAGAAUACUGUGAAAAAGUGUGGUGUACAGAUAAGAAGAGAAAAAAGCUGAAAAUGUCUCCAUCCAAGUGGAAAUAUGCCAGCCCUCAGGAGAAGAAGGCAAGGAUCAGGCCAGAGCAUUACCGGUUGCCCAGGAACAUAGCUGACUCUUGAUGGACAAAAUCCAUCCACUGUUUCUGAGCAAAAUUUUAUUUGGACUUAAGAGGGAGAAAUCAUUCCUGGUUUGAGUAAAUUUCACAGGUUUAUAUAUGUAAAAUAUUGGGACUGAAAGCAAAAAUGCUAUGGUAAGUUAUAUUGUACACUCAUGAUGACUGUUUAGAAGCAUUUUAAACAAAAUCUUCCCAACUAUCUGGUUCUAAGUAAGUAAAUCCAAUCAGAGUUCUGCAUUAGGGAGGAUGUGACAAUCUUCAGAUUCUGAGUGCUUGAAUCAGUUUUCUGUGCGGAUCGUGCUUGCGCUGUAUAUUAUUGCACAUGAUGGCAUAUUUAACAAAUCCAAAUAGCUAAACACUCACAAGUGGAUGAAAAGUAUAACACACUUCUUUGUUUCACAAAUUUCUCAUGCUUCUGAAACCAGCACGUCUUAAGAUCUUAUUCUUUUUGGUUGAGACCUGAGUUCAUCGCCCAGAACAAUGAGUUGUGUUAACACAGUGUACUGCUACUUCUAAAGAUAAUGAAGGGAAAUACUAUUUACUUCCCACCUUUUUUUCAGUAUCAGCCAUUUCUGAAGUGCAGUGUGCUCCCACAGCUAAAUAUUAUUGCCUAGUAACUUCAUGUAAGCCACAUGCAUGCUGAGAACACAGGCAGAAUGAAAUUCAUCAGUUUAUUUAUAGAAGAAGUUGAAAAAAUGGUUUAGAUAGAAAACGAGUCCAUCUUGCAUCUGUGUGUUGCCUUAGUGGUGACACGAAUUAAGGGAUCGCCCUCUUGUGGCAAAAGAAAGCGAAACUAGACAUUUAAAUUACUUUUCUGAAGAAAUAUGUAUAAGCAAAGAAGUAUUACUGAGAUGCCCAGCUGGUUUGCUUUCAGCAGACACUUUUAGACGCUCCAUGUGCUAAAGCCACAGAUGUAGAAGGCAGUGUUGGAAGUAAUUUAUACUGGGAAGGCAGCAUUUUAAAUAAAUUAUACUUUAACUGUUUUUGGGGUAAAUGCAUUCAUAAAAAGUUAGGAUGCAGAUUAAAACAAAACCAGCAUUAUGCAGCUGUGUUUCUAUAUUUUCAGGAUCUAGUCCACAUAAACCUUUUUCUGAGGUGUGAUCUCUGCUCAAAAGGGCUGCUUCACUCCUCUUGGAAGUGAUCAUUUGUGAAUGAUACCAGGAAAGGAGAUCAAAAGAACUAAGUUGCUUACAAUCUAGGUAUUUCUAGACUGACUUAAAAAAAAUUAUAUAUAUAUAUAUAUAUAUAUAUAUGUAUGUAUGUAUAUAUAUAU